ACUUCAACAUAUACUAGGUGCGCUACAUUGGAAUACUAUUUUCUGUGUACGUUUGCAGAGCUAUAUACAUAACACUGUAACAUGUUAAUAAGUCAUCUCUCGCAACCAGCAUUAACAUCCUGUGUAUGUGCCCUCAAUUAUGUUUGCUCCUUCUAACUAGCGGCAUGCAGCGAUUCUCCCUGUCUCGAUUACCGAUGUAGAGUGAGUGAUAUUCAUUGCUGCUUUGUGUCUUCAAGAAAAAUGACAUUCAACAGCUGCAUUAUGAUAUGGUACAUAGGCACAUGGACCCCUGUCAUCGUCAAUGCCAUGCUGGGAGUCACCAUGAUUGCUCGGAUAAAUGCCCUGUAUCAGGGAUCCAAAAAGAUGUUCAUCUUUCUUGUUGUAGCCUUGCUAACUUGCACGAUCGCCUCCGGGGUUCUUGUGGUAAUUGCAAACCUGGGUGUUUCAGCGCAGGAAGCCGUCCUUUCCGGCUUUCAUACCUGCGUUGACGACAAUUACAUAGCAAAUCUGAAUUUCGAGAGUCUGAUAUCCACCGCUGCAUGGGAGAUCCUUGCUAUGUUUCUUACACUCUGGAUCGUUAUAAAGCACAUCCGUGAACUGCGUCAAUUACCGACAGGAUUGACCAUAGGGGACUGUAUCACAAUGUUAAUAAAGAGUCACACGUUUUACUUUCUAGCCUUUGCUAUUAUGGCUUCUUUGAGACUUGGCGCACUGUCUCAAAUUCUUACGGCCUCAAUGUCCAUAGGAAGUGAUAUUUACUUUGGUCUUUGGUCAAUCGCCGAGGUGUUGCAGCUGUUUGUGCUGGGACCGCGUCUGAUCCUCAGCAUGCGAGAAUAUCACGCCAAGCUUGUAGCCAGGGCCGACGGAGAAAUAGGCAUGACGACCUUCAGUACUUUCCGGGCUGGUGGAGAUGUGUUGACCUGCGAAUAUGUGUAGCACAUAAAAUGAUCAACCACGGUACUAUGUAGGGACCAUGCGUAUUUAAUUGUUUCGUUGUGGUGUUCAGCCGAGCUCGUCAUGUUAUGU